AUGUCGCGCAGCAACGUCUUUGGCCCUGGGUCGCAGUUUUCCUUCACAAAGUUUGGGGCGCUGAACCGAAGCCCCAGCAACAUUGUCCUGAACAAACGUGUGAAGGAUGUAUUUCGGCUUGAAAACCAGAGGCACAUCCGCAAUGACAUGGACCGGGAGCGGCGCUAUCGGUUUUGCACCAAGUGUGGCAUUACGAGUGUGACAGUCAACUUUAACGUCGUCCCCUCCGCCCGCAUAGGGUUAUGGGGCCGCUGCGUGGAUGACAAGGAUUACACGCACCACAACUUGGUGGAGCUCUCAGAGCGAGAGCACAAGGAGUUGCGUGAGUUACCAGUAAGGGAGCGAAUACACUGGUGGCGUUAUGAGCGGAACCAAUAG